UCCGCUCUCUCGAUUCUUGAAACGCCCCCUUCACAUUGCAUUGCACAGCAUCAUCUCCACUCCUUUGAUCCACAUCUUACAUCUCUUGUCUUCCUUGUUCAAAAAUGGUUGCUGUUGAUAAAGAAGGCUUGAAUGCUGCUUAUGAGAACGUACGGGACGACAAAAGCGACGAAACAUGGGCAACGUUUGGUUAUGAUGACAGYAACCAGGUAGUACACUUGAAGUCUGGAGUAAACUAUGACGAAUUCUURGAAGAGUUAAAAGAUGACGAGAGGUUGUAUGGUUUUGUUAGAAUCGAAUCUGGAGAUGAGUUGAGCAAACGAGCCAAGUUCGUCCUGGUGGCCUGGGUAGGAGAGAAUUUAUCGGCCAUGAAGAAAGCUAAAGUAGGCACKGAUAAAAGCUCUGUUAAAGCUGUUCUCAAGAACUUCGCUGUAGAGAUUUUAACCGGCGAAAAAGACGAGUUGGAACUCGAACACGUGAAGAAGGUUGUGCAGAAAGCCGGUGGCGCUAAUUAUGGUACAGGACAACAUUGAUAUCGCGACAGUGAUACCCUUUAUAAUGUUUGCCUCUCAUGAUCACUGGAAUCUUUUUUAUACACUUAUAACUUUGUUGUUGAUAUUUUUAACAAUAAAAUAAGAUAAUAAAUGAUUA